AUGGUUACUGUUGAUAGGUCGGGCUUAGCGUUAACGUUUGUAUCGCCGUAUACGAUCCCUGCUUCCAACCAUUCGAAGCUAUUAUCGCUACUAUUUUCAAAGGAGGAAUCGAAUGAUUUUCAAAGAGAGUUGGAGCUGACCCCCCCAUUUAAUUUGAAUCUUCCUAUAGUGAGUCAAUUUGAUGCAUCUGAAUUAAUUGAAUUGAACAAUACCAAAAUCCUCAGUCAAACAGCUGCUGGACAACGAGCCCAAGUGACAAAUAGAAACGAAGAAUCUACUGCCGAUAUUGUCGUUGAUGAAAACCAAGAGCCAAAAUUGUACAUUGAUAUCGAGUCAAUACGACCGAAAACUUUGAAAGACCAAUUAUCAACUAUAAUUUUUAAUAACUUCCCCAAUUUGAAAAGCAUCGUUGUUGAAAAAGUGCUACUCAGUCUAAUAAACUUGAAUGUUGAUUUCGAAAGGAAAUUCAAUUGGUCAAUAGUCAACUAUGAGUUUGUUGACCUGAAGGUGAUUUUUGUCAAAUUUCAAAAACUCGAAGAUGUAAAAUGGUUUGUGGAAACGUUUUUGGAUAUGAUGCAGGUUAUCCCUAAAGUUGAGAUUAUAUACAGCAAUAAGCUUGACGAAUUAUUAUCUGAGAUAAAAGUACAGCCAGGUAUCAUUACUGAUCACUUAAAGACCCAAAUCAAGCUUAUAUUAUUCAAUUCCAAAAACUAUGCAAGUUCAAAACAGAGAGGGUUUGAAGACCUAGAUCAAGCUAUGAGGUCUUACAGCAAUUACAAGGUUGACAAAAAUGACUUGAUUGAUGUUCCAAACGACAUGAAGGAAGGAAUCAUACGAGAUAUCAUCAGAUUCAGAACUAAGAUGUUGACCAUUGAGAAAGAAAACCGUCAAAAACAAAUUGAAACGGAGAGACACAAGACUAAACACAAGUUGAGUAAAUUAUUCGAGAAAAUACAAGAGGCUGCUGCUGAGGCGCAGACAAAGACAAAGACAAAGGCCGUCGAUGAGUCGUCGUCGUCGGCGACGGCGACGUCGACGUCAAAACUUGUUGAGGACGACAUUGAGAUACUAAACGAGCACGAGGAGUUGAAUGAUACAGAAUACAAUGCGAUGAUCAAAGCAGAAGAAACUGCAGAGGAUACAAAGGAGUAUGAACAACGUUUAGCAAAAUUGAAGGUAAAGGAAAUCAAUGAAAGAGCGCAACUUUAUCAUGAAUUGGAACUUGCCAACAAUUAUGAACCUCAACUCUUGGAAAACAAACUCGAUUAUAUCGAUAAGUUUAAGAAUUAUUACCAGAAUGGACUUGCUACAUUAUAUGAACUGAACUAUAAUGAAUACUUGAAGCAGAGAAAUGCAAAGAGAUCACUAGAAGAGAAGAAUGAUGAGCUUGACGAGGAGAAGGAGAAGAAAGAAGUAGCAAAAGUUACUCUACCAAGUUUCAAGAAAUCUAAAGUUGAACAACAACAUGAAAGAGAGCAAACGAAAACAAAGGUUGAACCAAGUGAAGAGAAUAAAACGAUAGUAAUAAAUGACUUGUCUCCUGAACUAAAAGAACAAAUCAAAUCAAAAAUAGACGAUCUAGUAGAAGAUUGUCUUGGUGUUAAAGAUGAUGUCCUUCUCGAAGUCAUUUACCAAAACCUUCAAACAAAUAAUCUCAAAGGCAAGAAAACUUUGGUGAGCGAUCUUGAAGAAGUUCUUGAUGAAGAUGCAGAAACAUUAAUCAACAAUUUGUACGAUUUCAUAAACUCGGUUGCAUAA